GGCGAACGGGGGGCGGCUUCUCCCGCCGGGCCCUCCCGACCCCGCCGCAGCCUCGGGGCUCUCCGCGGAGGCGGUGCCGGUAUCUCCUAAUUUUUAACAAAUUCUCAUUGUGAGGAUAUUACUUUUUCCUGGAGGCUGAUAAAGGUACUCUGCAAAAGCCCUUCCACGAUGAUUCCAGCAUCUGCACCAAGCCCUGUCAGUGAUGCUGCACUCCUGUCAGGUGCAGCCUCCCAGGAGCUCUGGAGAUCACCAGCCCCAGGCUACCCCGGGCUGCCCACACGGCACAUCAGCCACCGGGCCAACAACUUCAAGAGACACCCAAAGAGGAGGAAACACAUCAGGCCCUCACCUCCACCCCCACCCAACACUCCCUGUCCCAUGGACCUGGUUGACUUUGGGGAUCUCCAGCCUCAGAGGUCUUUCCUGGAGCUCCUGUUCAAUGGGUGCAUUCUCUUUGGGCUUGAAUUCAGCUAUGCCAUGGAAACAGCCUAUGUAACCCCUGUGCUGCUCCAGAUGGGGCUCCCUGACCAGCUCUAUGGGAUGGUGUGGUUCAUCAGCCCUAUAUUAGGGUUUUUGCUACAGCCUUUGCUGGGAGCCUGGAGUGACAGAUGCACAUCAAGAUUUGGGAGGAGAAGACCUUUCAUUCUGGUUUUAGCAGUAGGAGCAUUGCUUGGGCUCUCACUUAUGCUGAAUGGCAAAGACAUAGGGAGUGCCUUGUCUGACACUGAGAAUAACCACAAAUGGGGGAUCAUCCUUACAGUCUGUGGUGUUGUCCUCAUGGACUUCAGUGCAGAUUCAGCAGACAAUCCCAGCCAUGCCUACAUGAUGGAUGUGUGCAGCCCAGUGGAUCAGGACAGGGGCCUCAACAUCCACGCUUUGUUAGCAGGUCUUGGAGGUGGCUUUGGUUAUGUUGUUGGAGGAAUACAUUGGGAUAAAACCAGUUUUGGAAAAGCUGUAGGAGGGCAACUCCGUGUCAUCUAUGUCUUCACCUCAAUUGUACUGACCAUUGCUACUGUGCUGACUCUAGUUAGCAUUCCAGAGAGACCCUUAAAGUCCUCUAACAGGAAGAAAAAGGUGAUGAAAAGUCCAAGUCUUCCUCUCCCUCCUUCUCCACCUUUCUUCUUUGAGGACAAUGUAAAUGAAAACUCUGCUUCUCAUAACUCAGCUCACUUACAUGCAAGUUUUACGAGUCCUGUUUCCCCCAUGAGCCCACUCACGCCAAAAUACGGGAGUUUUAUCAGCAGAGACAAUUCCUUGACAGGACUUAAUGAGUUUGCAUCAUCCUUUGGGACAUCAAAUAUUGACAGUGUGCUUAUAGACUGUUUUACAGGAGGGCAUAAUAGUUACAUGACACUUCCAGCUAGUUUGUCCAGGCAGCCUGUCAGUGUCAGCUUCCCUCGGGUGCCUGAUGGCUGCUACCAUGGAGCAAAUGGAAUUCUGGAGCAAGGGGAGAGCAGCUUAACAUCAGGGUGUGACAGUGAUGUGCUGAGAGUGGGCUCACUGGAUGCAAUAAAGCCACGGUCAUCAGGGAUCUUGAAAAGACCUCAGACCUUGGCCAUUCCAGAUGCUGUAACAGGACACUGCCCAGAGAAUAACAGAAGAAGAAAUGUGACCUUCAGCCAGCAGGUUGCCAACAUCCUGCUGAACGGGGUCAAGUACGAGAGCGAGCUCAACGAACCGGGCGAGGCCUCGGAGCAGCCCCUGUCUGUGAAGCUGCUGUGCUCAACCAUCUGCCACAUGCCCAAGGCUCUGCGAAACCUCUGCAUCAACCACUUCCUAGGGUGGCUUUCAUUUGAGGGGAUGUUACUCUUUUAUACUGACUUCAUGGGAGAGGUGGUGUUCCAAGGGGACCCAAAAGCACCUCACAACUCAGAUGAGUAUCAGAAGUACAACACUGGGGUCACCAUGGGCUGCUGGGGAAUGUGCAUCUAUGCAUUCAGUGCUGCUUUCUAUUCAGCCGUGCUGGAGAAGCUGGAGGAGCGCUUCAGCACACGGACCCUGUACUUUGUGGCCUAUUUGGCCUUUGGGCUGGGCACGGGCCUGGCCACGCUCUCCAGGAACGUUUACGUGCUGCUGUCCCUGUGCGCCACCUACGGCAUCCUGUUCGCCACGCUCUGCACGCUGCCCUACUCGCUGCUCUGCGACUACUACCAGAGCCGGGAGUUUGUCGGCUCGCAGUCGGAGGGCACUCGCCGUGGCAUGGGCGUUGACAUCUCGCUGCUGAGCUGUCAGUACUUCCUGGCACAGAUCCUCGUGGCCGUGGCCAUGGGGCCGCUGACGGCGGCCGUGGGCAGUGCCAGCAGUGCCAUGUACUUCUCCAGCCUCGUGUCCUUCCUGGGCUGCCUCUUCUCGUCCCUCUGUGUCACCUACGAGCUGCUGCCCCCCGAGGAGCUGCCGCCCCUGGAGGAGCAGCGCCCGCUCCUGCCCCGAGCACGGAACCAAUAACGGGAGGAGCUGCCUCGGCCUCUGCUGCCUCCUGGCCUCGCCCUCGGCCUCCCUAUCGCGACAGGCCGGGCUGUGCCCCCCGGGACGGCAGCAGGGGCUUGGCACACGCAAGGAAAGGUCUGUGCUGGCUGUGCUGGGCUUUCCCGUGCCGGAGGGAAGGUGAGGGGUGAGGCAGCGGCGCUGGCACUGCUGUGUCACCCCCGAGGGGGCAGAGGGGGCUGGGGGUGCCCUCCGUGCCGCUGGUGCCGCUGUCCCGGGCUGGCUGCAUUGUCCUGCGGGGGGCAGGAGAGCUGCAAGCUCCCCCUGGCGCUGCUGGGCUGCGGGCACUGCUGCCGACAUCGCCACCGUGGGAACGGUGACAGUGCCACUCUGGGGACAGAAGGUGCCACCUCCCGGCCGGGCAGAGCAGCCCUGGUCACCAAGGGCAGUGCUGAUUCCCGAGGGAGCUGCAGCUCCACCCUGCAGCCUCUGCCCUGGCUCUGGAGGGUGCUUUUCAAACUCUGGGAAGGCUGAGAGCAGCUGGUCUUGCUUGGGGGGUGUCAGUCCUCUGUCAGGUGUCAAUUAAGGCCAGGAGUGAAUUUUAAGGCAUUAAUUAAAACUUAUUUCUGGGUGCACAGAGCUGCCACCAGCAGAACUGCUCCAAGACACCUCUGUGGGCUGCCAGCACUGUGGCCUGGCUCCCACACCCCACUCUGGGGGUCCUGGCUGUGCUCCUUGGUGAUGUUUGCCAAUAUUGUGCAUAUUCCCUUCCUCAUUAGAGUUUAAUUAAGACUACAGGAAUUUGUGAUGACUUAGCAGAAGGAUUUGUCCAUAAUCCAAUUCAGCAGUUGUCCAUAACCCAGUUCUGGGGAGAAAGGUCUUUUCCCAUCUCCUCCCUUGGGCAGAAGGUUACUCUCAACAACUUUACUCAUAAGAAAAAUCAUUUGUAUGGAGGCCUGCAUCACAUCAUUCUUGUUUCUACAAUUUUACCUGGGGACAUUCUGAAGUCUGGGAUCAGUGGCUCAGUGCUUGUCAAUGACAGCUGCAUCUUCCUCAUCUCAGUGAAACCAGUAAAAGGGCUUUGGGUUUCAUUACAUGAGAGAUUUCUUAAUUAUUCCGAUUUUAGAAGGUGGUGUGUGAGAAUUUUUACAAGUUCUAGUUAAGGCCAGGAGUUAAUUUUGAGUAAUUUUGUAAAGCCCCUGUCAGUCUGGCUCUGUAUUUGUGUAGGCAGCCAAGUUCUGCCAGGGCUAGUGGGCAUUUUGUGUUGCCACGUGCUGAGCAUGGCAUCCCUGCAGGGAUUAGAUCCAGGGGAAGGAUUUUCUCUGGAGUCUCUCCUUUUAAAUGGGUUGGACUUCACUGUUCACCUGAUUCUGAUCAAUGAUGCCAAGGUGAAAUAAUAUCUGUAAUCUGGAGUUGUUGUGAGUUACUGUAAUCCAGUGCUGAAAGAAUUAUACAUAACUGGUAAGAACCCCUCAUUUUUGUCAUCUGCUCCCUGUUUUUAUAUUUUAGAAGCAAGCAUUGACAUAAACAGAGGAAUACUGCUGAAAUGAUGAAGUCAAGCACUCAGAUAAAGGCCUGUCAGCUGUCAGAGUGCAUUCACCUUCCAUUUCUUUGUUUGGGCUUACACAGUGUCACAUCUGCAGGAAUUUCUGUGCUGUUCCCUUCAUUAGGGGACAGCUGUCCCCAAGAAUGUUCAGGACAAAUAACAUGGAAACAAUGGCAUUGGCCACUUCUGACAAUCUAAACACUUGACUUUGGAGAAUUAUUUUUUUCUUGUUAGUCUGCUUUGUAAUCUUAAUUUCUCUUCCUUCUCAAACAUUUAAACUCAAAAAUUAUUUUAUUUUUUGUUUGGUUCCACUAGCUAAUGUGGUAUUAGUUCUUAAAUUUUUUUUUCUCCUCCUAAGUUUUGUAGCCAGCAUUAUUGCACUAAAUGGAUUGUGAGCACUUUACUUUUCCAGGUUGCUGGAGUUGCAGAUCAUUUGGUUGUAAGUGAGAAUCUUCAAAAAAUUCGUAAUGUAUUUAAUUAAAAUGUUUGUCUCCAUUUCCCUCUGUAAAUAAUAUCAACUACAUUUAUGUAGUUAUAAAACUCUUGUUAUGCCUGUAUGCCCAAUGGACUCUAUAUUAAAUUUUCUUAUUUUAUGGGAUAUGGACUUUAUUUUGCAUAUGUAUUUAUGUAGUGGUGCAUACCCAGGAUUUUUAAGUCAACAUCAGUGUGUGUUAAUUUGGGGCUUUGAGCAAUACUAGUGGUGUCUGGAAUAAAAAACCAGAGCCUGUCACCAUCAUGCAGAAUUAAAAGUUGCACCAAAUCCUUAAAAAAGUAACUUUAAUAAGAGGCAUUGCUUACUUGCUGAUUCUUUUCUUUGUCAGACAUUUUGUAUUUUACAGAAAUGACUGUGUAUGGUCACUGGUGAGCUGUGAGCUGCAACGUGAUGUUCCCCCUCUGGA